AAGGUUCCACUGGAUGCAUAUAUGAUGGACUUUGUAUUUAGCGAGAGGGAAGAUGGAGGGGUUUUUGACAAUAAAUUGGGUAUGGAUUACCACAUCCCUGUCUUUGGAGGGAUAGCAAAGGAACCACCUAUGCAUAUUGUACAUAUUGCUGUUGAAAUGGCUCCCAUUGCUAAGGUGGGAGGUCGGACUUUCGGUGAUGUAGCUACCAGUCUUUCCAGAGCUGUUCAGAAUCUGAACCACACUGUUGACAUAAUUUUUCCCAAGUAUGACUGCUUGAACCUUAAAUAGGUGGAGGAAUUUCAUUUUCACAAAAGCUACUUUUGGGGUGGGACGGAAAUAAAAGUUUGGUUUGGCAAGGUAGAAGGCUUAUCUGUCUACUUCUUGGAGCCUCAAAACGGUCUCUUUUGGACAGGGUGCAUUUAUGGCUGUAAGAAUGAUGGGGAUAGAUUUGGUUUUUUCUGCCAUGCUGCUCUUGAGUAUCUUCUUCAGAGCGGGUCUAAUCCUGAUAUUAUUCACUGCCAUGAUUGGUCUAGUGCUCCAGUUGCAUGGUUGUUUAAGGAUCAUUACAUGCACUAUGGUGUUAGUAAAGCUCGUGUCGUCUUCACAAUUCAUAACCUUGAAUUUGGUGCACAUUUAAUUGGCAAAGCGAUGGCAUAUGUAGACAAGGCAACAACGGUAUCUCCCACUUACUCACAAGAGGUUUCGGGAAAUCCUGCAAUUUCUCCACAUCUUAACAAAUUCCACGACAUAUUAAAUGGAAUAGACCCAGAUAUAUGGGACCCUUAUAAUGACAAAGUCCUUCCUGUAUGUCACACUUCAGAAAAUGUAUUUGAAGGUAAAAGGGCAGCCAAGGAAGCCUUGCAACAAAAACUUGGUCUCAAAAGAGUCGAUCUUCCUCUGGUAGGAAUUAUAACUCGUUUAACUCAUCAGAAAGGAAUCCACCUUAUUAAACAUGCCAUCUGCCGCACACUGGAUCGUGGCAGACAGGUUGUGUUAUUACUAGGUUCAGCUCCAGAUCCUCGCAUUCAAAAUGAUUUUGUUAAUAUGGCAAGUCAUUUGCACUCUUCCCAUAAUGACCGUGCACGACUCUGUCUGACAUAUGAUGAGCCUCUUUCUCACUUGAUUAUUUGUGGAACUUAUAGUAGCGUCCUGGGUGGUGCAGACUUUAUUCUGGUCCCUUCAAUAUUUGAACCGUGUGGACUAACUCAACUUACUGCCAUGAGAUAUGGGUCAAUACCUAUUGUUCAUAAAACUGGAGGGCUCUAUGAUACUGUAUUUGAUGUUGACCAUGAUAAAGAGAGAGCACAAGCACGAGGUCUUGAACCUAAUGGAUUCAAUUUUGAGGGAGCUGACGCUGCUGGUGUUGACUAUGCUGUCAAUAGAGCAAUUUCUGCUUGGUAUGAUGGUCGGGAUUGGUUCAACUCAUUAUGCAAGCUUGUGAUGGAGCAAGACUGGUCUUGGAACAGACCAGGUCUUGACUACCUGGAGCUUUACAAUGCAGCUCGAAAGUUGUAGGAACCAGUCAGGAACAGCUGGGUCACUGAGGCGCAAAACCACUAUCUGCAACAGAUUUUUUCAUCUUCUCCUAACGACGGUUCUAAAGUGCGAGUUGCAUAUCAAGGGGUGCCAGGUGCAUAUAGUGAGGCUGCUGCACUUAAAGCAUAUCCGAAGUGCGAGACUGUCCCAUGUGACC